AUGCUUGUUCGCUCGGUCACCCUCAUUAGCGCGCUGCUUACCCUCGGUGGCAGCUUCGCAAAUGCCCACGGGUCUCACUCGAGUGACCAGCCUCCUUCCUCGGACUGGGCGACGCGACACAUGCAAGAGGAGCACCAUGUUGAUAAUUUCGAUGCGUCGUCCUUUUUCAUACUCCACGAUUACGACAGCUCCGGAGUUUGGACGGCGGAAGAAGUCCGCAAAACAUACGGUCUCGACGAUGAAUCAAACGCGGGCGUAAGCGAAGAGCGCAAACAACAGGCCGUCCGGGAGGUAUUCGGUCUUUUUGAUCCCACCAACACCGGGGUCAUCAGCUCAGACAACUGGAUGCGCCUCAUCGCGGAGGGAACUCGGCUCCCCGAUUUCGGAUUCGGGCCGGGCCAUCACGGCGACAUCGAGUACGAAUAUGAGAUCCAUCACUUCGAGAAGUACCACGGAGACGAUGCGACGGUGGACGAGCUCACGCACCCGGAGGAUAUUGAGCACUUCCAGCGUCAUGACGAGGAGGAUCUCGCCGCGGAGAGGCUCGAGAAACUGGAGAGCAUGGCGAUCGUCGAGGCAAACAUUCCCCAGAAAUUCCUUAAACAGGCAUAG